AUGAACUCAAUCGCUGCGUACGAGGUCCGCACACGGUUGCUGUACAGCUCGCGGCUCGGCACCGUGUUUCUGCUGCUGAUCGACGCUAGCAUCUGGCUGCAGCGUCCGGACAUAGUGGACUUUCACCAUCGCGUCCAACCGAUCCCGGACACGUUCAUCCAGGACAUCUACGACUUUGUGGUGAUCGGAGCCGGAUCGGCCGGUGCUGUGAUGGCGGCUCGGCUGUCCGAGAUCUGCCACUGGGACGUGCUACUGCUCGAGGCCGGUACGGACGAAACGUUCCUCACCGACCUGCCGUUCCUGUACCCGACGCUCCAGAUGUCACGCGUCGACUGGCAAUUCCGGACGGAGCCGUCGGACGAGUUCUGUCUUGCGAUGCAGGACCGACGGUGCCGGUGGCCCCGCGGAAAAGCACUCGGUGGCAGCUCGACCAUCAACGCGAUGCUGUUCGUGCGCGGCAACCGGAAAGACUACGAUGGGUGGCGCGACCAGGGCAACCCGGGCUGGAGCUACGACGAUAUGUUGCCGUACUUCCGGAAGCUGGAGAACAUGCAGGAUCCGCAGUACCGGAAUCUGCCGUACCACGGGCGGAACGGACCGAUCACCGUCGAACGGUACGCGUACCAGACCCCCCUCGAGACAUACCUCUGGCAGGGUCUGCAGGAGCUGGGACUCAUCAAUCCGUACGGCGAGGUGAACGGUCCGGUGCAGACGCUCCAGCCCCACGUCGAGUUGCCCUGUUCCUCCCACCGGUCGUAG